AUGCUUCUUUCAUGUCAAAAUCACACUCUUUACCUUCCUUAUUCUUCUACCCAUUCCUCAAAGAACUCAAGACCCAACAUCAUCAUCAAUUGCCAAAACCCAAACGACAUUCCCAGGAGACACAAUUCAAAAUCUACAUCAUUUCUCAUCCACCACCUUUCACACAAAAACAGCGACAAUCACCACCCUUCACCCACCGAACUACAAGACCCAACACCGCACGAAGAAAAAGUUAAGCUUUUAGAACUUUCCUUAGUAAGGAAAAGAACCCCACAAUUUCCUGGUUCAAUUUAUGCUCAAUCCCCUACUGACUCUGAUGUGGGUUCUUCUCUUCCUCCUCUUCGUACCCUUUUUAGAUCUUCCGGUGAUGAUGAAGAAGAAGAAGAGGUCAUGAUUAUGAAAGCUCUUGGAAUUCGUAGGAAGGUUACUCAAGAGGUUUUCAAAGAAGCUAUGAGAAAGGGUAAAUUUGGAAUUACUUAUAUAGAGAAUCUGGUUUCUAGGUUGGGUGGUUUCAUUGAUUAUGUUAUGAUUGAAGCUGCUAACUUGAAAAGAUUGCCUCAGUAUUCUCAAUCCACUUUCAAUUUACGCGCCAAAACUGUUAUUGAAGAUUCACAAGUUGUGCAACUUAUUAGAUGGUUGAAGCAUAAUUCUCUAUCGUAUCCUCAGAUAGCUAAGCUCGUUAUGAUGUCAAGGGGGAAACUUGAGUCCAUAAGGAACCGGAUUGAGUGGUUGAAGUCGGUGCAUGUUAAGGGAGACUUUAUUGGGGAGGCAAUGUUGAAGGGUGGAGAUAAUAUUUUGCUGCGGAGUGAUCAGGAGCUUGAUGAGAUUGUUGAGUGUUUAGAGUCCAAUGGUGUAAGGAGGGAAUGGAUGGGUUAUGUUGUGAGUCGGUGUCCGAAGUUGUUAUCUUACAGCUUGGAAGAAGUGAAGAUUCGUGUCCAGUUCUAUCUGGAUAUGGGUUUAGAUGAGAAGGAUUUUGGUACCAUGGUUUUCGAUUUUCCUAAAGCACUUGGUAACUAUACUAUGGAAGAAAUGAACCGAAAGGUUGAUUACUUGAAAGAAUUCGGACUUGAUAGUAAGGAUGUUGGUAAGCUGCUUGCAUUUAGGCCACAAUUAAUGGCAUGCAGCAUUGAAGAACAAUGGAAACCUCUUGUUAAGUAUUUGUACUAUUAUGGGAUUACCCGAGAUGGGAUGAAGAGGAUGCUUACCAUUAAACCGAUGGUCUUUUGUGUUGACUUGGAGAUGACCAUUGUACCAAAGGUAAAGUUUUUUCAGGACCUAGGGGUUCGAAAUGACGGGAUUGCGAACAUGCUUGUAAAGUUUCCUACUCUACUCACCUACAGCCUGUACAAGAAGAUUAGGCCUGUGAGGCCUCAAUUGACUCAUGGGCUGAAUUUGCAUGUUGUUAAGGUCAUAUUCUUGAUGACCAAGGCUGGAGUCACUGAAGAAUCUAUUGGAAAGGUUGUAGCUCUUGGACCUGAGCUCUUGGGGUGCAGCAUAGUACAUAAGCUCGAAGUAAAUGUAAAAUAUCAUUUGUCUCUUGGCAUUCGUCUUCGGCAACUGGGUGAAAUGGUCGCUGAUUUCCCAAUGCUGCUGAGAUACAAUAUAGAUGUUCUUCGUCCUAAGUAUACGUAUUUGCGGAAAACCAUGGUCCGAACUUUGCAAGAUCUCAUUGAGUUUCCGAGGUUUUUCAGCUAUUCUCUCGAGGGUCGAAUAAUCCCAAGACACAAGGUUCUGGUGGAGAAUCAGAUAAAUGUCAAGCUAAAAUGCAUGUUAGCUUGUACAGAUGAAGAGUUUAACAAAAUGGUCAAGAAUACGAUUCGAAAACGCCACAAAUUUCAAUCUACUGUCAUGAAGGGGGAUACUCCGCAUCCCCAAUCUCUUGAUACUGGGGAUAUUACUACACCCCAGACGUAA